AUGCCCUCGGCUCUCCCCUCGGGAAUGGCCACACCCUUCUUCCAGAGCGGUCUCGCCAUGAUGACCCCCCUGGACCACCACUCUCACUUUGCCGCGCAGCUGUCCUCCGCCACCAAGAAGCUCGAUACCCGCCAGGACUUUACCGACGUGCUGCCCACAGAAAUCUGCCACGCUAUCUUCUCGUGUCUCACCUUCGACGACCUUGUGGCCUCCCACCAGGUUUCCCGCAACUGGAACUCCAUCAUCACCGGCUCGGGAGACUUGUGGAGAGAAGCCGGCAUCCACAUGGAUCGACGAACCCCUCUCAACGAAGUGGCCCUCAAAAAGUACGUCUCGUACGCCCUCCCCGAAGGAACCACCCAGCCCCUCAGCCAUCUCCAGCUCCACAGAAACUACACCGCCGAGAUCCCCGCUCCUCAGACAAUCUUCAACUUUGCACACAACAUCUCCUCUUUCUCGGGCCAUCUCCAGCUCACCAAUAAGGCCGCAAAGCAGCUCUUCUGUAAGAUGACCCAGCUCGAGCACCUCGACCUCGUGGUCUCAGGCGACGUUCUCUCUCUGUCGGUCUUCUGGAACUCCUCCAAGCUCGAGACUCUGCGACUCUCCUAUCGAGGCGUGGCAGACGAUUCCUCCAUCAUCGAAGUGACCGACGAGGAGUCUCAACUUGUCCCCACCACCUCCAGCCUUAAGUACAUUGCCGUCGACGGUCUCUACGACGCUCCUAUCUCACCCUCGGAGCUCCGAGCCACCGUCAUGGCCUGCUCCUCUUCUCUCGAGUACCUGUCCAUCAAGAACUGCGUCUACUCAUCGGCCACCCCCCUCAGCGAGCACACCCUCGACAAGAUCAAGCUGCCCAACCUCACUGCUCUGAUCUACAAUCUUGGCGAGUCAAUUCUCCCCAACAUCAUGUGCCCCAAACUCAAGCACCUGGAUCUGUCUCGAUUCGAGGGCUGUGAGGACGCCAUCCCCCUGCGACGAAUCUGGGGCUUCCCCAACGUUGAGACCGUUGUCUUCAACCAGUCGAUUCAGAUUGCCGACGUCAUGGAGGAUGUGCUGUAUUUUGGCCGAAUGAAGUCCCUCAAGACCCUGACAUGUAUGCCCUGUCCCGUCAACGGUGAAGAGCCCGUUACUAACUGGAAGACUCUCCUGAGAAACUACUCCCCUCUGCUCAACACCAUUAAUGUCUAA